AUGGUCGACGCAAGAGCUGAAGAGAAGGAGACGAAGGCAGCGAAUUCGAGGAGGACAUGGAUUUAUUACGUCAAAGAUGAGAGUGGAAGACGCAAACGAAAUGAGUUGGAAGACUAUGCAGAUGUGUUUGAUUUCCGGUUUGAAAGACGAUAA